GGAACAUCUUCAACUCUUGCCAUUUUCAUCAAAUAUUUCGGAAAUAGUUUAUAGACAACACCCCAAAAUUACAAUAUGGCAUUCAAAUCCCGCGGCGGCCUAGACAAGGUCUGGCUAGGGUGGUUUAUCAUGCAGAUAGUCGUCAUAGGCUUGAUCGACGCGGUCCCCUUUUACCCCAAAUGGCUCUACGCGUCCCCCGAAAGCCCGCUGUACUUCCUUCAACGCAUCCAUGAUUUCUAUGUCGGCACGUACCGGGACCUGAUCGUCACCGAGUGGCACAAAGCCGUGCCCGUGCGGCCCUGGGUGCGGCUCAACGCCUACAUCGAGGUGGGCUUUCAGCUCCCGACGGCGGUGUACGCGGCGCUGCGCCUGAGAAAGGGCCGUGGGACCUCGGGUGGCGACGAGCUGCUGUUCCUGGUCUACGCUUGUCAGACUUUCUACAGCACCCUGCUCUGCGCCCACGACGUUUACCACUGGGACGAGAAGCUGUACACCAUGGCUGAGAAGCACUUUCUUGUGGGCGGCUUCUACAGUUCUUGGAUGCUUAUUCCGCUUACAAUGUUUGUCGACAUGUACUUGCGUCUUUACGGACGCGUGAGUGCCUCUGAUAUUGCAAAGAAGACAAAGUAAACCUGUUGGCAGAUUUUGCUGCUCCCAAAAUAUUGGUCCAAUAGAAAGAGCUCAGUUCGCAAGAGCUUGUUUAUUAUUCACUCAGUUAAACAGACCAAAAAGGGUCAGAGCCCUUUAAAUUUUGCCUUUCCCGAUUCAGCAAGCAAAUCGUCUAAUCACAAAACGUUGGCAAGUUGGUACUCAUGCAUGUAGGCCAAGACACCAUGACAGUAUAUUGGCUCUGACAUGACCACUGUAACACAAAUGUCAUUGUAGCGAUACCACCCGCUUAGUCUAUCGCCCUCUUGAUUGGAGCCAUACCCCAACCAUUACCAACACCAUUGCUCAGCCCAUGGCCUAACGGAGUUGCUCCACCCAGCGCUCUUCCACGGAGUCUCUGAGGCAGCACGUAGCCCCAGAAAUAGACGCAGGAGCAUGUCAUUCCCGCCAAGAAGGCAGAUAUGGCAUAAAACACAGUGCUAGCAUAGACAUGCCCUCCCAUGCCUUGCCAUUCGACAUGGCCCUCCGUUUUUGGUAGGGCCGGGGUCGGAAACCACCUCACGCUAAAGCUGAGCGGCAGCGGGUCGCCAAUAACGAGACGCCUGGUCUGAGCAGCCGGACCCGUGAUGUGGCUAAGCGGCGAGGUGCUGUAGGCGGCGCCGGAGUCCAGCACUCCGCUGUCGUGCGGGUGGAUAUGGUGCUUGGGCGUGCUGUGCAACAGUACGUUGAGGUGCGUACUGAUGUGCAGGUGCGACAGCUGCAGCGUUCCAGCCAGCGCAAAGACAAGUGGUAUGUACUCCAUCUUGAAGGGCUUCUCGCCCACCGCCUCGACGUGCGGCCACGGCCUGGAUGGCAGGCGGCACGCCAGAGGCGCGUCCGAAUGUAUGUAGAACUCGAGUAGGUGGAAGAAUGGGUCUGUGAUCAUAGGGAUGGUGCAGUUGAGCUCCGUCUCGAUGCCAUAAUUGAACUCGAGGGACUUGCCCGUUUCGUUACAGGUUGGGAAGGGAAUCCAUUGGAGCUCAUGGUUUGGAAGCUCAAUAUGUUCGCCGGUUUCUCUGUCAAGCUUCGAGUCAGCGGGGUCUGCCUGGUGGGUGUACGGAGCAUUUGUUUGGCGUGCUCCGUCUGUGCGUGUACGUGUGUGUGGUUGCAGCCAAGCUUUCCGUCUAGACAGAUAAAUCUAGAUACCCUAGGACUGAUAGACUGGUGACAACGGCUCAUUACAUGUCGCUGCCCACCGAAUCUCAAUCGCACAACGGCCGCUUCUGCAAGAGCACG